GAAACCUUGUUGCCAGCGGCAUCUGUAAGGCUUAACGUGUGCUCUUAGAAAUAGCUACGGUGAUAAUUUUUCAAUUGUUGAAUAUUGCACCUUAAAGAUCCUAAAUACGUCGCUUUGGUGAACAUUUCGCUCAGGAAGUCAAUCGGAAACUAGCAUGGCUAAUACCGUUUACAGGCAUGGCGAAAAUGAAUGUUCACCACCGAUCUGUUAAUGGCAUGACCUGACCAUCGUAACAGAACCUGAGAUCCCAGUUCCUCUUGAACAUUGGGGUACAAUGUCAAGAAGAGCCGCUACAUCUGAGCCGAAGGAUGCAACACCCAUAACACAUGCGGCGACUCAUCAGAGCACACAUUCACCCUUGGGAAAGGGUAGUGAUGAAAGUGCUUCACUGUUGUCUACAUCGGGCCCUAUCUUACCGAAGGGAACGGUUCUGACCCCUAUUAGGUCUGUGCCAGACAAAAGCACUGCUUUAACUCCCAAUAGAGAGAAUGUACCGGGAACGUUACCGCCAAAGAGCUCUGCCCAGGUGGUGCCUGUUAAGCUGUGGCGUAAUCCCUAUGCAGCUUCUAGUGAUUUGGCCACAGCACCGGUGGUUCAUCAAUUGGACAAGCCCAAGCCAUUGCCAGAAAGCCCGUUUGGUCAGAAGGAAGCCAUCUCAAAAAGGCUGCCCCCACAGCCAGCCAAUAACGAUGAAGCCAGUCAAGAACGCCGACACUGUUCUUGUUGUCAAAAUGAUUCAGAACGGCAAGACGGUGAUAACAGCUCAACAUUCGAAUCUCACCGCCAAGGAGUUGAGCUGUAGCAUUGUGUCCAAGCAACAUUCGCCCUCUAAUGCAAACAAGCUCUCGAACACUACAACGGGAAGCACAGUCACGUUGGUUCAAAUCGCAGCUACUACAACGACGAGUAAUCUUGCGAGGGUCAGUGACAGUGCUCCGAAGCUCAUUGUUGCGGCGUCUACACAAGCAAAGACAGCUCCUUCCAGGACAUCUGUAACUUCAUCUGUUUUGUCCAAAACAGAGAAUCAGCAGAACAGCCAAACGGCCAGUUCAACAGCCAGACCCUUGAAUUCUAUUCUGGGCAAGCGACCUCCAGCAGUCAUUCACAUAGCACCGGCUGGAGGCGUCCCUGCAAGCAAGAGGAUACUCGUGUUACCAGGUCGCAAAACGACAGUGCCCACGAAAGUGAAUAGCAAUCAUGCUUCACUCUCUGCGCAAAGCAAGCCACGAGGUGUGACAAGGUCCUCGAAUGACCCCGAAGAAGGUGCCACCCCAAGCAAGUCACCAGAUGCGCCAAUGUCCUCAAGUAAUAAACAGGACAGAGUUGGUGAAAUGACACAUAAGGUUUCAGAAACAAUUACCAAUGCCGAGCAUGAUUUUGAACAGCAAAAAGAAGAUUUUUGUGGCAUUAAGAUAUCUAGUGUCAUCAGCUUGGCUGGACAAGAAAACUUGGCCUUUCCUGCUCGAGUAGCACCACCAGAGAGUGCAAGAGGUGAAUCCACUGAUUCAAGCUAUGCGCAAAGUAGUGGCAGUAGCUCCGCCGAUUCAAAAGAAGAUGAGGAAGAAACUGACUCGGAAAUUGAGGCACCUCACCUAAACAAGGCAGAUAUGGAUGUUAUUGAGCUAUGUUCGUUUCAAGCAAAGAAAGGAAAUUCGGUAAUUGGAUCACAAAUUGUAUUCAAACCAGCGCCUGUGGCAGGGAAUGCAAGGCAAGCCCUCAGCCCAAGUUCUAAGAUGGACAGGUUACGAGAGGUCAUCAGGUUGCUUGAAGAAGAUACCCUUCAGGAUUGUGACAUGUUUACUGACAGAGAAAAAGAGCUUCUUAUGUCUCUGUUACAUCGUGUAAGGGGUAGAGUUCCACAAAAAAGCAAGAAGAACCCGAAACCAUGCUCAAGUGGAACAAGUGCAGUGAGCACCACGCCAUCUCAAGGCACUUCACUAAAAAGCAAGGUCACUAUAAAAACAGAGCCUGCAGAUACAGCUGACACUCUAGCUACUGUAACCAGGCAGAGAGAAAUCUGGACAAGGUACGAGUGGUCUGAACUCGGCAGAUGCCAGCAAGUCUCAAGGCAGUUCAAUAACAACAGACCCCGAAGUCAGAAUAAAAAGGGAGCCUGGUGUUUCAACUGACACCCCGGCACUACAAGUGUACCAAAGAGACCUUGAACAAGGUUGCAGUGGUUCUGGUGCAGUAGCUGCUUACAAAUCUCCACAUAAUCCCAGUAUAGCUUGCACGAAAACAAAACCUAAAUCUCCACUCCACUCGGUGCCCAGCGCUAAAAAAGAUGACACAGUGUCGCGAGAGAGCAGUACUUCUCAUAAACCUCUGCGUCGUAUUGUCAUCACUUCCGAUGAGGUGCCAGUGAUCAGUUCUGAUGAAGUGAAGAAUGGACUUGAGGCAUUCCUCAUUAGGAACAACAUAUCAAACAACUUUUCGAAAGAUGAAGUCAUUAAGCUACACUGGGAUGGCAAAGAUGUGAAGACGUUUCACUUUCGAGACAUAGACAGUGAGGAGGUGCAGCCACCACCCAUUGUGGCUCCCAAAGUGGUCAGGCCGGCCAUUCUCAGAAGUUGCAAGGCACCGGCAUCUGCAAGCGAUGUUGGUGCAGAACCACUUGUGACUUCUGCAGCGCAGACCAGGAAGCAGGGGGUCUGUGAACCAGUGACUGCCAAAGCUGAAAAUGUCGUGGAAGAGUCGACGGUUCCCAUGGAUGGGACAGAUGUGCGAGCCGGCUUCAAGGCUGUUCGGGUCAAAUGCCGCACAGAGAGCGGACAGCUGGUGGAUUGUCUCGCCCUAAAGUCACUAAAACCCAUUCGCGUUAUCGGCAGUACUGCAGGUCCUGAAAAGCCAAUCGGAUUCUUGCCUCGUGUGAUUCGGUACAUAAAUGAAAGUGGGCAAGUUGUUGAGAAGCUUGUAAACCCACAGCAACAGAUUGUUCCGGUUGUGCCUUCCCUACCAGGUUCGAGUAAGACUACAACUGCAAGUUUGCCCAGCAAGAGUGUGCUGAAAUCCUCUUACUCAAAGCCGGCCGGGCUCACUAAACCAUCUGCUGGUGCGACUUCAGCAGUUCCUGCACAAGUGGCGAAGGUUCUUGUCCCAGAUGUGAUAAGCAGCAGUACCAUGGCGAAUCUACUCGCCAAGCAGCCAGAGGUCAUAGCUUCCCCAUCAACGCCAACACUGUGUCCUCCUGGUGGCAGUAGACCUGUUGCACCUCCAAAUGUUGUGAUUGUCAAGGUUCCAGUUGCUCUCGGGCUCCAGAGCGCAAAGUCUUUGUUGCCAGCACGUGUGGCAGUUUCGAAACCAACACCUCCAACAGCAUCAAAGCCUGAGUCCUCUGCUAAAAAUGAUAAGGAGAAGAUGUUUGAGCCAGAAUGCCUGCUUGAGGUGUCCAGCAAUAGAUUAGAUGUUCAGUCAUGGAAUAAGAAAAGGCUGGACGACAACAGUUCAUCUGAUUCAUCCAGCACAAGCAGCUCAGAUGCUAGCGACUAUGUUCCACCAGUUGUAAAGCGUAAAGAGAACCCGAAACCAACAGCACCAAAACGCUCGCCCCAGAAAAGAUCUACGGUCAUGCGAGAAUACAGAACGCGCAAGCGAAGGCUACGCAGGAGGCCACAAACUGUUGAAACGCCAUCUUCAAGUAACAAGUGCAAAGCAAGUAAGAAAAAAAAUGGUGUAAACAUGGCCAUGAGAUCAUCAAACUGCAUCGACAGACCAUGUGUUGUGAGCAUGUAUCACCUGAACGACAGCCUUUUUUUCAACGGCUCUGUAAACCUGGCUUCUGUGAAGAGUGAAGACCUGUUUGUGUUGGCAUCCAGUCCGGUGGUAAGGUUGUCACCGGGAAAGGUAGUUUCAGUGGUUGAACUGAAGCCACAAACUUCGGACUUACCAAAGCAAGCUGUUGAAGUUUCUGGUGUAGCAGAUACGGACAAUGUGGAGCAUUUGCUCAGGGAACAGCAAAAUGAACUGGUACAAUUGCGCAGGAAAUACAAGAAGCAAAGCUCCUAAGUUAACCCAUUCAUACGUGCUUAACACGGUAUAAUGUGGUUGGUGUACAAUACAAUGUAAAUUCAUUGGACUUUUCUCGAUAUUUAUAAACGAGCAAUACGAAAGCUUGGUGUCAUAAGCCAAUGACUCAGUUGAUGGUUAUGUCGGAAAGUAUUUCUUUACAUGUGUACAAUAUUCACAGUGUUACAACAUGAACUGCGGUGUGCAGUGUUCAUGCGUAUUCAUAAUAACAUCAUUUGUUUAAUAAAGCAUUAAUUUAUCU